AUGAGCCCAUACAGCGGUUGCGGCAGUACCAGCAGCAAGCUAGAAAUCAAUAUCGAAAUGCCGACAAACCCCGAGCCUCGCCGCCAUCGCGAAGUCCCGCCCACUCUAGACGAGCCUCUGGCGGAGCGAGGGGAACGGAGAUCCCGGCGUAGUGGUAUGGCUGAGCUGCCGCACACGAACAUGCCUAAGGAGUACCGCCGUCCCCCGCCACUCUCCGUCAACCCUACUACUCCUCGUACCCCCACGGCCGCUGCCCCCGCCGCCGGGCCCCGCGAUACCACGCGCCGGGAUGAUCCCUAUCCUCGCGGCCCAUUCGACGACAGCAUGCGCGUGCAGCCGCUGCCCGAGCAAGCGGCUCCUCUCCGGGGCUUCGCCGCCCCCGUCUACGCUCCUAGCUUCUCGCCCCCCUUCGCCCCCAGCUUCUCGCCCGCGUACGCGCCGAGUUACUCUCCGGCCUACCCGCCGGGCUACGCGCCGGGGCCUCCUCUGCCGCCGUCGCAGCCGCCUUUCUCUCCCGCGUUCCGGGACCCGCGAGCCGCGGGGCCCGAGUUCGGGCCGGGAUGGGUCGGCCAGCCGGGAGGGGGCGUGGGCGUGGGCGCGGCGGCAGCGCAGCCCGAGUUCUACAUCCAGAGCCCCCCUGCCCUGCCGUACCCGAGCCCGGUCCCGCCGGGCGGCGGCGCCGGCUACGACGCGGGGCAGCCGUACUACGCGCGCGGUGGCGAGCCCUCGCCGCGCGCGCCUCGACGGCGGGGCGGCGACGCGCGGCCGGAGCCCGGCGGGGAGCCGCGGCGGGAGCGCUCGCGCCGCCGGCGAUCGCAGGCCCGGAGCGUCGAGGAGGAGCGCCGCGAGCCGCUCCCGUACCCGCGGAGCCCGGCCUCCGAGGAAGACGAGAGGGAGCGCGCGCGCCAGCGGCGGCAGGCCCCGCCGGCGGACCCGCGCGGCGCCAAGAAGAAGAACCGCGUGUCGUUCGACCUGCAGGGCGUGCAGCCGGGCGACCGGCCGGCGGACGCGGCGCCGGCGCCGCGGUCUCCGGGGGCGCGGUCCCGCGGGCGGCGCGACAGCGCGAGCAGCGGCAGCUGGGUGGCGGUCGCGCUCGACGACGAGCGUAUCCGCGAGGUGGCGGAGGGCCUGCCGCGCUACGAGCGGCGGCCGCGGUCGCCGGCCCCGUACCGCGACGCCGGCGCCGGCGCGCGGCGCAGCCGGCUCUCGCUCAGCCUCGAGCGCGCGCCCGAGCCCGAGCCCCAGCCCGAGCGCGCCGACCUCGUGCUCGACCUGAGCUCGCUGUGCGCGGCGCUGCCGGCCGCGGCCGCCCCCGCCGACGGCCGCCCCAGCCGCCGCUCCAUUUUCAUCGAGGUCUUCCGCGACGACGCGUCGCCGCGCAGCGAGAGGGGCGGCAGGGGCGCGGGGGACUUCCGCGACGGGUACUGA